AUGGUCUCACGCGCGCGUCUUCUGCGCGCCGUCCAGGCGCCGGCGAGGCAUUUGACGAACAGCGGCAGCACCAGCACCAGCACCAGCACUAGGUGCGGCCGAAUCGUCGCGGCCGGUAUCGCUCCCGCUUCAACCCCUUUCCCGUCCACCACGCCGACAGCGGCAUCGUCUGCGACAGUGACCUCGCAGCGGUGCCUCUCGACGACGGCGCAGCGUCCGUUAUUUGCCCGCCCGACGCCGGUGCGCGGGGCCAAGCUCACGGCCGAAACGUAUCCGGAACUGAAGCGUGACGACCGCUUCGCCCGCGUGACGCCCGAGGAUGUGGCCUUCUUCCGGGACCUGCUGGGCGAGGACGCCGCCGUGAUUUGCGGCGUUGAUGGUGCGGGCGAUGCGGCGGCGUCGGAUCUGGAGCCGUUCAACGAGGACUGGAUGCACAAGUAUCAGGGGCAGACGCGGCUGGUGCUCCGGCCAGCAUCGACGGAGCACGCCAGCGGCAUUCUGCGGUAUUGUAACGAGCGCAUGCUGGCGGUGGUGCCGCAGGGCGGCAACACGGGCUUGGUGGGCGGAUCGGUACCCGUCUUCGAUGAGAUUGUGGUCAGCAUGGCGCGCAUGAACCGCAUUCACUCGUUCGACGAUGCGAGCGGGACGCUGGUUCUCGACGCCGGGUGCGUGCUUGAGGUGGCGGACCAGUUCCUCGCCGAGCGCGGCCAUAUUUUCCCUUUGGACCUGGGCGCCAAAGGGUCAUGCCACGUCGGCGGCAACGUCGCCACCAACGCCGGCGGCUUGCGGCUUUUGCGCUACGGGAGCCUGCACGGCAGCGUGCUCGGCAUGGAGGCGGUGCUGCCCGACGGCACCGUCAUGGACGACCUGUGCACGCUGCGCAAGAACAACACGGGCUACGACCUCAAGCAGCUACUCAUCGGCGCCGAGGGCACCAUCGGCAUCAUCACCAAGCUCGCCGUCCAGUGCCCGCAGCGCUCGCCCGCCGUCAACGUCGCCUUCUUCGGCAUCGAGUCGUACGAAAAGGCCCAGCGGGCUUUCCGUGAAGCCAAAGCCCAGCUAUCCGAGAUUCUGUCCGCCUUUGAGCUCAUGGACGCCAAGAGCCAGCAGCUGGUGCAUGCCGUGCGGGGCGAGAAGCGGCCGCUCGAGGGCGACCACCCAUUCUACUGCCUCAUCGAGACGAGCGGCUCCAAUGGCGACCACGACUACGAGAAGCUGGAAAAGUUUCUCGAGGAUGUCAUGACAAAUGACGUGGUCGCUGACGGCGUCGUGGCGCAGGAUGCGACGCAGAUCAAGUCCCUCUGGGGCUGGCGCGAGAGCGUACCUGAAUGCAUUGGCCACUGGGGCGGUGUAUACAAGUACGACGUUUCGAUCCCGCUCGCGGACAUGUACUCCAUCGUAGACGACGUCAAGGCACGCGUCGACGAGGCCGGCCUGCUGGGCGAUACGGACGAAUUCCCCGUGCUGGGCGUCAUAGGCUACGGCCACAUGGGCGACUCAAACCUGCAUCUCAACAUCGCGGUCCGGCGCUAUGACAAGGCGGUGGAGCGCGUGCUUGAGCCCUACGUCUACGAGUGGAUCGAGAAGCGCAAGGGCAGCAUCAGCGCCGAGCACGGGCUGGGCCUGGCCAAGAAACCGUACAUCAAGUACAGUCGCAACGACACCAUGCUUGGGCUGAUGAAGCAGAUCAAGAACCUGUAUGAUCCGAACGGCAUCAUGAACCCGUACAAGUAUAUUUGA